GGGGGAUGGGGUACACAUCUAAUGGCCAUGGGAAGCAAAUCUUAAAAGGGAAUCAAGAUGAAAUUGCCCUCUCUUUGCCACCACCACUCCCCCACCUGCUCAAGAUAUGGUAAGCGCACAUGAUUUCACACCCAGCAAAAAAAAAAAAAAAAAAAAGCACCAUUGCUGACAUCACCUGUAUCUCUUGAGAGGAUUUUGUUGGGGCCCACCGACCCCCUCUCUCUCUUUCCUUCCUUCCCCUUCCCCAACUUUCCUUUUUCAAUCCCCAAAACUUUCUCCGACUCAUCAUAUAAAUGAUUUCUGUCUUAGCCCAAUAUAUUUUAUACUCAAUCAACCCCCUCUAAAAAUCAACUACCAUGUUCUAAAAAUUGGUUCUUUAUUCAUUAGUACUAGUAAUAGUAGUGAUAUUGGCUCUAGUUUGGGGGCUCUGUAUUUUUAUUGGGUUUUGUAGCUUUGCCAUUUUGCUUGGUUGCUUGCCUUGUAAAUUCAAAAACCCAAGUUGGGUUGGGGGAGAUAAAAACUUGGAAAGAGUAUCUUUUGGAUGAAAUCUGGUCAGAUCUUGCUUUGUGGGUUGUGGAUUUUGGUGGGUCUUGUCUUCAAUACAUAACCCCCUCUUCCCUCUUCUUUUCCCUCUUCUUCUUCUUCCCUACUCUUCUUUCCUCAUUUGAGCACCUCUUCUUCUUCUUCUUCUUACAAGCACCCCCCGGAAAAAAAGGCACAAGCUUUUUUCCUUUUCUUUUUUUCUCCCCUUUCUGUCAACCACAUUCAUCAUCUUGGUGUUGGGAUUUUUACUUAUUGGGAUAUUGAGAUUGGUGGUCUGAAAUCAAAAUGGUUAUGGCAGCAAGUGAAUCCCAGUUCCAUGUUUUGGCUGUUGAUGACAGUCUUAUAGACAGAAAACUCAUUGAGAGAUUGCUCAAGACCUCUUCGUAUCAAGUUACCACAGUGGAUUCCGGCAGUAAAGCUUUAGAAUUUCUGGGAUUACACGAAGAUGAUGACAGAAGCAAUCCUAAUCAACCUUCUAUAUCUCCUAAUCACAACAAUCAGGAAGUUGAAGUAAAUCUUGUUAUCACAGAUUAUUGUAUGCCUGGGAUGACAGGCUAUGAUUUGCUCAAGAAAAUCAAGGAAUCUUCAUCUCUGAGGGACAUACCGGUUGUGAUAAUGUCAUCUGAGAACGUCCCUUCAAGAAUCAGCAGAUGUUUAGAAGAAGGGGCAGAGGAGUUCUUCCUUAAGCCAGUGAGAUUAUCAGAUGUGAAUAAGCUGAAACCACACAUGUUGAAAACUAAAAGUAAAAAUAGCCCUCAAAAGCCAAAUGAACAAGACGAUCAAGGAUCGACUGAGGCAUCAUCUGCCAGCGCAACUUCAUCGCCGGAAACACCAUCACCAGUAACAGAAGAUACGAAAGAAUGUCAAUCACAGCCACAGCAAUCGCAGUCACCAAAUAACAAGAAUAAGAGGAAGGGUGUGGAAGAAGGCCUUUCUCCAGAUAGAACAAGGUCCAGAUACAACAACAAUGGCCUAACUGUGGUCUCUAAUUGAUGCAAAGUAUUUUGACCCUUUUUUGUCGCCUUUUCGUUUUGAAUCCUACUUUAAUCACAGACUUUGGUUUAUACAUAAUCAUCUAUAGGAAUGUAGAAUUGACAGAGAAGAUAUCACUAAUGAUGGGAGAGUUGUACACACCUUAUUUUGAUCAAAGGAAAAAAGAAAAAAAAACAGAAAAGAAAAGAAAACCAACAUCCGAUUUUGCUUAGGAAUUAGUUGUCUUUGUAAUCAGAGCAGAUUUUUAAUUAGUCGUGUAUUGAUGUAAAGCAUUUGACUGAUUUAGUUUAGAUAUAUGAUUCUCUCAAUUCCAGCUGGGAUUUUGUCCUUUGCAUUCAUGUUUACACCGAAUUCCAUUUCAAUACGGUGUGUGAGCCGGAGUUUUUCUUUCUAUCGUAUGAACUCUGCAUCAAAUGUCAUUUUCAUUUUUCAGAAGUAGUAUCUGAUUAAAUAGGCACUUUGUUUCGAUCAAUAUUCAUAUACAAAC